GAUUGCUACGCGAUGAAACACAAAAAUUCCGAAAGGCUUUCCAUUUCGCGACGCUAUCUUGGCGUCAUCGAAUUGUCGACGUCCCCGGGCGCGACUCUGCUUUCUCUCUCCCCCCGUCACAGCAGCUGAUCCCAGACAUAUGCAAUUUCACCCGACACCCUUCACGCCUCUCUCCCCCAACCAUUCAACAUGCACUCCAACGGAGCCUCGACGCGACGCGCUACCGGCUCGGUCCGUUGACGACUCCUGCUUGGCCCAACGCUGGCUCACCCUACCCACACUAAGGAUAACUCAGCUCCGCAACGCUGGCCGCCCGCUUUCCCGAUCGAUCUUCAACCUCAUCUUCGCCCGCCACCCUGAUCCGACACACCACCUUCAAGUACCCAGUGUGAGAGUGCCUACACGGUGGAGAGGACGCGACCAUGUUCGGACCCUGGUUUACCACCAAGCAAUGGUUCAGGAAGUACAUGCCCGCGGGCUUGUCUGCUCUCAAGCCCAACGCCAACUUUAUAACACUCCAUUACUGCUACAUAUUAACAUGGACGCUUGUCUGUUCCGUCAUUCUCUACGGCAAUCGUCGCCUGAGUUACAUCGAUGCUCUCUUCUUCGCGAGCGGCGCAGCGACACAGAGCGGGUUAAACACCAUCGAUGUCAACGCCCUCACUUUAUACCAGCAGGUCGCGAUUAUGAUCAUAGCCUGCAUGUGUACCCCCAUCUUCAUCAACGGCUCCGUCGUCUUCGUCCGCCUCUACUGGUUCGAAAAGCGUUUCCAGCACGUCGUCGUUGAAUCGCGGAUCAAGGGUGGCCGCACCCGCACAAUGUCCAAGAGGAAGAGCGAGAUGAACGCAGAGUUGGACCGUAAUCUAGGACAGGAAGAGCGAGGCGUUGGCGACCGCGAGAUCCGCGUCGUGCGAGCGCAUAAUGGACACGCCGAGGGCGGCAACAUUGAGGACGAAAAGACGUUCCAGCAAAGGGUAGAUGGCGUAGAUGAUGGUGCGGGCAUGCGCAACGCCUCGAGCUCGGAAGAAGAGCUGUCUCCGCAUGAUCAGCCUACAACUCCAGUGCACCCGGUCGCUUCGAACGUGGUCUGGGCGGACAAUUUGAGCACGCCUGCAGAGCGUGAGCGUAAAAGUCACCGCGCGCAACAAGACUCGGUAGAAAUUCCCGAGGAUCGCCUUCCUCGGGUGGACAAGGAGAAGAGUAUUGCCUUCGUGCAGAGCCAAAGGAACCCCACGGAGAAGGCCAAGCUGCGCAUUCCUGGCCCACGCGAUUUCGACAGAGGUCUCGUGCCACAGCAAGUCGCAGAGAACGAUGAGCAUCUAAACCGAAUUCUUAGCAGAACAUCACAAGACUCCUAUCCAAGACGAGAGCGAUCAAGUUCGGUUCCUCCUGUAAUGAAUGGAGACGACCGUCCGUUCAAACACCACAUAACUAUAGACGUCCCCGAUCGGCCACGCCCUACCACUGGCGCUUCCGUGUACAACAGGGUCAAGACAACGGACACGGACACAUCGACACCCACCACUGACCAAACCCUUCGCAACAGAUCCAGGUCGAGAACGUUUACCAGCUUUCUUACUUCAACCAAGGAAGAGGACGAAGAUCCGAUUCCCUACCUCAGUUGGACGCCCACGAUUGCACGAAAUUCCAACUUCGUGGACCUGACUGAAGAGCAACGAGAGGAGCUGGGUGGUAUUGAGUACCGUGCCUUGAAGUUACUGGCCAUGAUUCUGGUAAGCUACUUCGUUGGCUUCCAUUUGCUGGGCAUGGUGUGCCUGACGCCCUGGAUCAAUCGAAACGCUCGGUUCCGUAAGGUGGUCGAAGAUGUCGGCAUCAGUCCCACGUGGUGGGGUUUCUUCACGCCGGCGUCCAUGUUCAACGAUCUCGGCUUUACCCUCACACCAGACUCCAUGGUCUCCUUUCAGUACGCCGUCUUGCCGCUUGUACUAGGUACUUUCCUUAUCAUCAUCGGUAAUACGGGCUUUCCCUGCAUGCUACGGUUCGUUAUCUGGCUGCUCUCCAAGGUAGUCCCAAGGAAUAGCGGCGUGUGGGAAGAACUCCGCUUCUUGCUAGAUCACCCUCGCCGGUGCUUCACACUGCUUUUCCCCAGUAAGGCUAAUUGGUGGCUCUUUGGAGUUCUCGUUCUUCUCAACGGCGUCGACUUGAUCUUCUUCAUUAUUCUUGACCUCAACGACCCAACCGUCACCUCCCUUCCCGGCGGCUUCCGCUUCCUCGCCGGCCUCUUCCAAGCCGCCGCAACGCGCACCGCCGGGUUUGCCGUCGUCAACAUCGCCGACCUGCACCCCGCGAUCCAAGUCAGCUAUCUCAUCAUGAUGUACAUUUCCAUCUUCCCCAUCGCCAUGAGUAUGCGCCAAACCAACGUUUACGAGGAGAAAUCCCUUGGCGUCUGGGGCGGCGAAGAAGAAGACGAUGGCACCCAAUCCUCUUACUUAUCCCACCAUCUACGACGCCAGCUGUCCUUCGACUUGUGGUUUGUAUUCUUGGGCUUCUUCCUCAUCGCCAUCAUUGAAGGCUCGCGGCUGGAGAAUACGAACGAGUAUGCGUUCAGCCUCUUCUCCGUCCUCUUCGAAAUCGUCUCCGCAUACGGCACCGUCGGCUUGAGUCUUGGCUUCCCAGGCACCAACACGUCGUUCUCGGGCCAGUUCCGCACGCUCUCCAAACUCAUCAUCAUUGCCAUGCAGAUCCGUGGCAGACAUCGUGGACUGCCGUAUGCGCUUGAUCGCGCUAUCCUACUGCCGUCUGAGUCGUUGCACCAGAAGGAAAACGAAGAUGCGACAAGGCGGGCACGCCGGAGUAGUAAUGCUUUGGAUGUUGGCAUGGACGGUAUUACACGGACGGGUACAGGGCUCAGCAGACGGAGCAGUAUAUCCGGUGAGACGGGUCGACCUACUACGGCCGAUCGGUUCAAGCCGAAGCAGUUGAAGAGGAUUCUCUCUGGCGCUUUUAGUGCGGGGCCUACCGCGUCGCACCGCGAGAAGAGAGCGUAGGAGCUUCCUCGUCUUUUUUUUUUCCGCGUUAGAGGCGUUAGUCGUUACACAAGACGUGUUUCUUUUCGUUUUCAUCUUGGGUAUCUAGACUUUGUUAGCGAUUUUAGUCUUUGGGGCACUGGUGUUGUCUUGCUCAAUUUUCCCUUUCUUUCCCGGAUGUAUAUAUGGUUUUUCGUGUCCACUUCUCCGAGGUUCGUGUGAUGAUGGACACUGUCGCGGUAAAUAUUUAUUAUAUACAGAAGAGGGGGGUUUGUGAAUAAGAGAAUAGAAGAGGGAUAGACUGUCCCUUUGCUCAUGUUUGC